CUUCGUAACCGUCAGCUGGCACUCCUUCAACAACAACAACAAACCCUCCCGCCUGCUGCCCUCGCCCACCUCCUUAUAAGAAACACAGAAGCCCCACACUGGACAUGGAAAGCAAUAUAAAGAUGAAGGAGGAAGGAAGUGUGAGAUAGAAAGAAGAAGUGUAGCUAAAGAAAUGCCGCUACGGGGACUACAUCUUGUAAUCUACCUGUACAUGAUGGCUAUAGGAGGAACAACAUCAACUGAGAUGGUGGUGGAGGGGACGGAGGAGAUCUUGGAGGAGGUGUAUCUGGACUCCCCGAUAGAGGGAGCUCCUCUCAACAGUAACAACACGCACUUCAUCAACAAUGUCUUCGAUAACCUGAAUGACCCUGACCUGGGCUACCUAGUGCUGUCCCUGCUCAUUGCUAUUGCCUGGUCUGUCUACAUCAUCCUAUUCAACUCUCGCAUCCAAGGCAGCAUCCUCACCACCAUCCUCCGACGCUUUGUCAAGUCUGGCAACCUGACCAUCGGUUCCUUUUCCCUCUCUGUGCUGUCCGGCAAGAUAAUGUUCCGCAAUGUGGUGUAUGUGACGGAGGACUACAGUCUGCGUAUUGUUGAUGGAAUGCUCAAGUUCCGCUACUGGCUGCCAUACGUCAAGAGGGAGCUGUCAGAGGACAUGUCCCACUGUGACCAUCGCCUGUGGCUGGAGCUUAAUGGACCAGAACUUCACAUAUACAACCGGUCACAGCUCUAUGCCAGGCUGGAGAAGGCGUUUGGGUUGGAGAAUCAGCUUGGAGUGAGUAAGGGGAUGAAGGAGGAGGAUGAGAAGGAAGAGGAGGAACACCAGCAGCAGCCCCAGAGACAGGCCAGGGACAUGAGCUUUUGGCAGGACUGGCGUGACCUGAUUCCUGUCAUAAAGAUUGAGCUUAAUAUGGCAAGGUUUGUGUUUGGCAACCGUCUGAUCCCAUCCACCCUACUGCUCACCACUGACAAGGCCGAGUGUCAGUACUCCACCAAGCCGGCUGCAUGCUCCCUCGAUUACUUCAUGCAGGUCUUCACAUCCAAGGCGGAGAACUUCAGGGUGAUCCUUGCCCCAAGCCCCAAGUACACUGGCAUGCUGGAUGAGCCCCCAAGGUACAUGGGUGAGGGUUUCGUGGUGAUGUCAUCCAGCCUGGUCCAUCUCUACUACUACAUGGAUGAGCCGGGACUUGUACCUGAAUACCCCCAGACUGUGCGCCUGCCAAAUGGAGAUGAGGUGACAGCCCCAGCACCAGUGUGGGGUCUGGACAUCAAGUGUGCCAAGGGGACCAACCUCAGCUAUGGGCCGUGGGCAGACAGGCAACGGGAGCAGCUCUUCAGGUUCUUCUUCCCUCAGGACUACCAGACACUGAAGCUGCCCAGUGCCCCAGUGCCCGGGGACCUGCGUCAGUUCCAGCAGUUUGACGUGAGGCUCAGUAUCUUGACAGAGGCCACCAUUGACAUCCUUUUCUCCAAGGAGAAGGAGACCAAAGCAGUACACAUGAACGUGCAGCGAGGCUCCUACUUUGAGAUGACGCUGCCCUGGACUGUCAGUGCAAGUGGUUAUGUCACCAAGAUCAAUGGGCAACUCUUCCAUGUGGAUGCCUCAACCAGCCUCCUGUACCGCAACCUGCUGGAGGCGGAGACCCUUGAUUACCGGGUCAACGUGCACUACCCUAGGGUGUGGAACCAUGACCAGACCUGGGACCUGGAGUUCAACAGCUGCAAGGCAACCUACCACUUCCUCUACACCCACAAGGAGUUCUUUCAGGACCUGGUAGAAGAUUGGUCUUCCCGCAUGCCGCCCGAUCUGCUCCACUUUGUGCCCUACUCAUGGAACUUCACCCUCAAGCUGCAGGAGUUUGAGCUGGUUACCUUGGCCAAUGGGUACAACUGGGUCGACUGCUCCUCACAGCAUCAGGCCAAUGCUCACAUUGCUUUCUGCGGGGAGGUGUUUGAACUCAAGUUUACUCUGCCAUUCAAUGAUUUCCUGCCUGAGACCAUCCUGCUCAAGUUUAUCAUUGCGGUAGAGAAUGUGGACCUGAGCCUGUACCUGCCACCCUGGAACACCACCAGGAACAUCAUUGCCGCCCUAGACCGUAAUGCCAAGUUGGCAAAUCGGGAGGACCGCCCCAAGCAGGCCUUCUCCAAUGACAAGUGGAGGAAGUUCUGUAAACUGAGUGCUGGCUGGGUGGACUGCUGGCAGGUGCCAGAGCUGGAGCUGAACAUCAAGUACACCUACCACCCGGUGCCACCACUUGGCCCCUCCCCUCAGGCCAACGUGUCCACCCCAGAGAAGGAGGAACUGCUGCUCUCCCCCAUCAGAGCACCACACAGGAAGAAGUCACCAAUGGAGAUCAUCAAGAACAUCACCCCAGAGCAGUUUGAUCCGACAUCCUUGACACCAGACUGCAUCAGUGUUGACCUGCGGAUCAUCAAACCAUCAGAGAUCAAACUGUAUGGUUCAGUCUUGUGUCUUUUCAUCCACCUCAAGGAGAACAUCUUUGGGGAGGACCAGACCUUCACUGACAUGAACCAAACCCACGUGGAGGAGGAUCAUCUGGUUGGGGAAGCAGCAGGAGCCCCAGAGGAGACCAAAUCAGAUGACAGCCUCAGUGAGCAGAAGAAGUCUGAGUUUGACUGCCGCCGCUACCGCCAGUUUGCUGUCACUGUGUACAUUGAUAUCCGGAACGUGGUUGGACAUCUGGUCAAGGACUGCACAGAGAGUGAUCCUUCCUGCCCAACGGUGGCGCUGGACUGCCUGAUCUUUGAGAUGAACAAGCGGUACACGGAGACACAGCUACAGGUGGUGGUGUCUCCGCUCAUCCUCACCACGAGUGACACAAACACUCAUCGCUCAGCUGCCCACCAGCACCUGCACACCGGCUUCCUCAUGCUCUCUGGAUUACAGAUGCGCGGACACGCCAUGUUUAGUGCUGAGGAACGCACGCUUGACGAGGAGACCUUGGAAUAUGCCUGGCUGGUGGAGCUGACCAUUGGCACACUCAGCGGCAAACUGACAACCCCACAGCUCCAAAACAUCAUCACUGCACUUGAAGCUUUCAUAUUCACCGUGGAGGAUACUGAGAACUCCCUGCGCCACCCCAAGCCUUACAUGUUGUGCUACCACGGCACUCCACAACCCCAGUGCGUCCACACCACCGGGGACCACUUCUGCCCCACCACGGACCUCAUCAAGUACAAGAUGGUCCGAGCCUCUAUUGAUGGAAUCUCUGUCAACCUGGUGGAGAGUGGCACCCUUCUGAGCCUCCAGGUGUACCCAAUCCGUGUGGCCACCUGCAACCUACAUGGGCAGCACACUCGUUCUGGCAUCACAGCACACAUCCUGAACAUCAGUGCACGGAACUACAUUUGUGCCCAGGAUGGCCACAAGGAGGGUGUUGGAGGGCGGGGUGGUGAGGUGGCAUCUGUGUGUGGCACCUCAACCAGCGGCACUGGCGGUGGUGGGGGUGUUGCUGGUGAGGUGUUCACUGAGGAUGUGUGGCUGGAGGCUGCUGCUGUGACUCUUGGGCCAGUGUAUGUUGACGCUGCUACCAGCAUGGAUGUCCUGCACCACGAUAUGCAGCUCAUACAGCAUAAGUUCCUGAAGCAGCAUGAUGAAUUCACAAUGAGGCUGUGGUUCCUGUGGCCACAGGAGGCUACCAAUGUGCCGGCACAGGUGUUUGGCAAGUGUGGGUGUGUGGGCGGGUGUGCCUUCUUUGGAAACAAUAGGAAUGGCCCCUCCUUCUUCAAGCCCUCCAAGCAGGACUUCUACAACGGGGUGAAUGUGGCACAGUAUGGGGUGAAUGAACCUGGUGAGAGUCCAGGUUAUGGCCAGAGCAUCCUGGAUGAGGACCAGUUGGUGUUCCAGGCUGGGGCGUAUACCAAGCUGGCCUCCUCCCACUGUGAUGCCCAGUCCUCCUCCUCCUCCAGCAAGGACCAUUAUGCCCUUAGCUCUGGCUAUGUCAAGAGUGCCUCCCCUGCCACCCCAGCUGAUCCACACCACCGGGCCAGCAGCUCACUGCACCAUGGCCCUGAGUCACACGUCCAUGAGCGCCUCAACCUACGCCACGGCUACCAGCGGGAACUUUCUGUCACUAGUCAUGACUCCAGCCCUCAGGUGACUGAUUCUGAUUCCAGGGGUGUCUCCAGUGCCCGGGAGGCUUCCAAAGAUGCAGUCCUGGGUGUUCCUGGAGGCCCUGACAGUCUCCCGACACCAGGCAGCCUCUCAGACUUGCGACGAUCAGUUGACAAUGUAAACACAGGACGCCAGAGUAAGAUGCCAUCAAGUCUCUCUCUCCAGACUGAGUUGCCUCUCCAUGCGGCUGGUGGACACAAGCUGUCAGGCGGCAGCAUGCGGGAGUCAACCUCUCGGCAGUCCCUCUCCAGCCAGCACAGUUUACUUGCUGUGGUGCAGCGAACCAUCUCUGUUGGCAGUGAGACACAGUCUGAGGCAUUUUUCUCAGCAGAUGAAGACCAGGUCAGUAAGAUGACAGUGAUUGGCAGUGGUGAUGGGUCUCUGUCACGCAUGUCCUCCCAGCAAAGCCUGCCUGUGGUGCCGGAAGACCAGCAUGCCCCAUCACAGCCCCACUCCCUAGAGAGUGAGACCUCCACACCCCCUACACCCCACCACGACCCAUCAGCUCUCACACUCAGCUCCAACAGUUACUAUAGCAGUGCUGAUGAUGGUCAGACCUGCUGCCCAAGCCAGAGCCACAGCAGACACAGUAGGAGUGGGAGUAACAGCAGCUGCAGCAGCAGUGGCAGCAACAGUCCCUGCCUGGACCACAGCCAGGCCUCCCUCAUCCACUCCCACAGUUCAGAGUCCCCUCACCCCUGGAAGGCUGACCGACCUGCUCGCUCCCGUAGGAAGGCUGACAGGAUCAAGGCGGCUCUGGACUGUAGCGGCGACAGCAGCUCUGAGGUGGGCAGUGUGUCCAGCACCUCCUUUAUCUCGGCGCUGUCUUCCCAGGAGGACAUCGCUCAGGUAGACCUUCACAUGCAGCUCAACAAGCCAAUCACUGAGUCUCCGCUACUCAUGUCCUCCUACAUCAACCAUAUGACGCAGCUCCGAUGCCUCAACUGGGACCACCCAAUGCCCAGCUUUGACUCCACCCCAGGACAGGCCAACAAGUGCUACAUUCCUGUGUUUGACAAGAUCAGUGAGGGCUUCACUGCCAUACGCAUGGUGGAGGGCAGCCGCCACGGCAUACCCCGUUCCCCACCCCCACCCCCAUCAGGCCGCACUCCCUCCCACCCCUACACCUGGGACACGCCUCUCUUCACCUGGGGAGAUGCUCAGGAUGAACCAGUCCAUGAAGACUCACAGGACACUAUGGGAGGCAUGCUGGAGGCCAACACUACCCGCACCACUGUUGUCAUCAAGCUCAAGAAGGACGUGGACAUCAUGCUCUCCCCCAUGGCCCUGGAGUCUGCCCAGCUCUUCCUGGAGGCCUUAACUCCAGUGAUGGAGUCACUACAUCCUCUCUCUAUUGUCAACCAUGCCCACAUGAGGUCUCAGUCAAGUGUGGCAGGACAAAACACCCUCAAAAAGAAGCGCUACAUGUACUGGUCCAGGCUGAGGGACAAGAGGGUGGCAGGUACACCAGAGCAGUCUGCUGUCUUGAGCACCACCUACCAGGAGAGUUGCUUCCAGCAAAUGCAAGGCCAAGUCACUGUGCCCAGGGUGAAUGUUACAUUACUGCAAGCAUCUGUGGUGGAGGAGGUGAUUUCCUUCUCUGCCCUGGACAACAUCCGAGACCUCACUUGUGUGUCCCUCUUCUCUGUCUGUCUGGAUAAUGUCAGUCUCCAGUUCUAUUCUGGACAUCAAUCCAAGAAGUCAGUCCAAAUGUACAUGAGGAAUCCACAUGAUCCUGUGAUGCAAAAGAAGAGUAAGUCAAAAGCCCGUCAGGCUGUUGAUCUCUUGGCUGAACCAGUGUACAUAGAGACCUCUGAGCGGCAGCAGGAGGAGAACAUGGUGUCUGUGGACGUGAACAAAGUGCAUGUUCAGCUGAGGCGUCUGAAGAAUGAAAGUGCCCUGCUGAAGGAUGCCAGUGUGACUGCCAUACCCAACCACAGGUCCAAGGUUUUGUUCAUGUUCCGGCGGUGUCCCCGAGGAGAGGAUGGGGAGAAUGGGGGUGGUGUGGGAACCCCUGUCAUGGAGGAUGACCGCAUGGGCUUCAUCAUGUUUGAGGCAGGCCUUGAGACCAUGGCACUUAGAGCUGUAAAAAGGAAGGGCUUUGGGCAGCAGGCAGAGGCCAGUGGAAAGCAUGAUGGGGGAAUCACCUGUGGCCCAAAUUGUCCCACCACAUCAGCAGGCAGUGGUGGUGGGCCCAGCAGCAGCUCUGGCCCGGGCACUGCAGGCACAGCUGAGCCACAGAGGACAGGUUCUGAGAUUCGGCGGGAGCCUUCAGACCGCCAGUGCUCAGCCUCAGUCUCCCAGGUAUCCAACAUGUCUACCCACUCAGGUGUUCAUCACUCCACAUCCUCAGGCAAUGGCAGUAUCAAGGAUCUGCCCCAUAAUCAGAGCAAAAGUGACAAACGUGACAUCACUUCCUUUGUGGUGGAGCUGCAGACUGUCUGGUUCAACUUUGCUGCACCACCACACACUCCCAUCACCAAGAAAAUUGACUACACACGAUUGGACUGGAACCUUCUGAGUACUGCUUCGCCAUCCAUCAAUGCAUGGAUGAACCCAAGUGACAGGCUGACAGUAGCAGUGAUCCACUUCCUCCAUGCAUCAGAGAGCCGCCGCCUCGGUGUGAUGGCGGCCCUGAUGGCAGAGGCACUUGAUGUGCAGAGCAUCCAUGUCCCUAUCAAGAACAAGUAUGUGAAGUUGAUGCCGCUGAGCCAGACGCUGCAGGAGGACCCGUCAUGCCAGCUGUGCAAUGUGCUGCGUCGCUAUGUGCUCCAGUCUUCCUCACGCACCAUUGAGGCCAACCUGCUGCCCCCCCACCUGCCCAAGCUAGCCACACUCAGACAGGGUGUGGUGGUAUUGAGUCGUCAGUGGAAGAAUGCUCUGUACAUGCCGUUGCUCAUGGAACAAACCUUCAGGAACAAGCAGACCCGUCCUGCCUUCACCUUCAAGUCACAUGCUGCACCAGAAGGGCGCUCCACUCCAAAGUUUGACCAAACCUUUGUGACCAGCGAGGUCACUGAUGAGAAGACAACCUUGCUGGAGGCUGAGGGAGGCUCUCUCCACUCCCACCCACCUCAUGACUCAGAUGGAAGUGGCACAUUGUGUGGGGAGGAUGUGACUGAUGGUGUGAUGAGCUCUGAGUCCACACAGCUGCCGCCACGCAAGACUCUGCCUUCCUACCCUCCACGCUCCUCUCGGGCUUCAGUCAUCCUUCCUGUCCUCAACACUGCGUUUGAGUCUCCAGCAAGGUUCCAGUUUCCAAAAAUUGGCGGUGGCUUUGGGGGUCACAUAUUUCAUCGGGGUGGUGGCCAUCAACAGCAGCAGCAGCAGCAGCAGCAACAGCAGCAGCAGCAGCAGCAGCAGCAGCAACAACAGCAACAACAACAACAACAACAACAGCAACAACAGCAGCAGCAACAACAACAACAACAACAACAACAACAACAGCAACAACAUCAGCAACAACAAGCACAGCACCAAGCACAACAGCAGCAGGUGCGAAGUGGGCCAGCAACAGUGGUGGCAGCAACAACAGUUGGGGACAACCGUAGUGGUGGCAGUCACAGCUCUGGCCUGGAACAAGCCUCCUCUUCCUCCAGCACAGAUGGUGGAGUGGGCUCUGGCAUGGCCACCCCAGGCCGUCCCACAGCCAUCACCUGUGAGAAGGACCAUGAGAAUCUGUACAACUGGAUGGUGCGGCAGCAGGAGUAUGCACAUGCUUCAGAGGCUGCUCAUCCCACAGUUACUUUUCCUAAGCGUGGGGAGGAGCUUCCCCUACUGAGUGACGGGGAGAGUGAGCGUCAAGAACACCCACCCAUGAGGGACUUCGGCAGUGUUCCUGAGCCUCCACACAGUGCCCACUUCUUGGAGGCUCACGUCAUCUUUGAGCCAAUGCUGACAGCCAUAGGAGUCAUCACACAGCAGGUGAAUGGCGGGGCACUGGAGCAACUGGGAUCCAAUGUGUCCAUCACGGGGAGUGUGGAGACACUGCGAGUAGACAUUAUUGAGUCCGAGGCAUCCAAACUCAACCGCAAGAAGAGAAAGACAGGCCUUCACGCAGGUAACACAGACGACUCAUCCUCAGGGGACACCUGUGAUACAGAGGGCAAAUUUUUCCUGGACAUAGGGAGUGAGGUGCCAGCCUUCCUCUGUGAACACGUUGGGCUGGAGAUUGACGUCAGUAAGGUAACAGAUGACUCCCGGGAAUGGGUCAACCACCAGCCCACGCUCUUUGUGUCCCGCAGCGCCCUCAAACAGCACACCUCCACCAUGGUGCACUUCUCCCUUAAUGUCAACUACAUCGCCCAGCAAGUCAACAUGCCACUGUUGAGACUCCUGCACCAAAUCAGUUCCAUGUAUCAGAAUGCCCGGGCAACACAGAUCGGUCUCCGUGAGCAGAGACCAACACGUGGGAAAGACAACAACCUGCCCACACACCACAAAGAAGGCUCCUACUCAGAGCUGCAUGAGGGGGAGUAUAAAGGUAAUGAAUAUAGCCUGAGCAUCAGUGAGGAGCAGGCCACAGUCUCCUCCCUGGCUGGCAUCAAGGGACCACGUGGCUCAGUGGUGUCCUCUCUGUCUGCCCGCAUCUCACCUCCCCCACUCACCUCCAGGACAAACCGCCCUCAGAGUUUUGCUCAGAGGCUGCGCUCCUCCACCAAGAUGACCAAAGGGUACACUAACUUAGGAGCUGAAAGAGGCACAGGCAGCCCUCUCUUUAGCAUCAGUGUGAGUGGCUCUGGGCUGGAGGGAGCCACCAUCUGCUCCUCUGACAAGUCGCCUCUCCUGGGUGCACCUGAGGCCCCCACACCCCCUGUUGCAGCCACAGCCACCCCUAAGUGUUGGCGGAACAUCUACUACCUCCUGGAUCUGUAUACCACCACUCCGGAGACCAAGACAGUGCAACAGAGAUCUUCAGUGACUGGUGAUGCCUCAGAUGGGUACAAGGGAAGCCGCAAGUAUGACAUCUUGAAGGAGAGCAAGGCAACGGACAUUGAGGCUGGCCCACCCUCCCCAGUUGUCAGCAUGCCUCCUGUUGUAGCUGACAAAUCAAAGGAAUUGGGUUUGAUAUCUGGAGAAAGGACUCCAUUUGUGGUGUUUGGCCUGGCUAAGAUCCAUAAGACCAAGUUGUUGGCCACUCUGAGUGGACUCAAACUGGAGGCAGAGAUGAAUGCUGUCCACUCAUCCCUCACUUUCAGGGAGAAGGUGCGAGGAGCUAAAACAGCAGCCAGAGCUCAACGCACCACGUCUGAACUCACCCACACAGGCCACAUUGGGGACACCAUGAUUGUGCUCCUUGAAGGCAUCGCUCCUAACCAGCAGACGGUGGUGAGAGUGACAAUCGGCAAGAGUCAGGGCCUGUACACCAGCCUGUCUCGCAAGACCAAGGCCAAGAACAGUGCACUCAUCACCAUCGGAGACGUCCAUGUUGACAUCCCACAGCACCCGGUGAUCCUGCAUGACAUGAUGACUCGCAGCAGCAAGCAGCUCUCCUCCACCCUUAUGGAACUGCGUGUGGCUCGGCCCACUGCCCGCCUCAACCGUGGAGCCACAGCAGAUGAGCCAGACACCAACAUCUCCCCUCGGCCACCCCAGGAACCUCCAGGAGUUCAGGAACCCAUCCCUCCUGAGUCCCUCCUUCACCCACUUGUUAUUGAAUUCUCCAUCCUCCUUCAGAGUCUCAGUAUCCAGGCGGCACUGCUCCCCUCCCUGCAGGCACAAUACCGUAUGGAGCAGGUGUCCAGUCUAGGCUUCACAGGGGCCAAGGCAAAGUUCAGUGUUCACCUUCCAACGCAUCACCUAUCCUUCUCCACACGACUGCAGGACCUGCCAAGUGACACACACCUCCCCUCAUCUGCCAGCAUCCAACUUCCCCAGGUGCAUGUAGAGGCUGAGUUGAUCCAGGAUAGUGACACACACAGUGACCCACAUGCAGCAGUCACAGAUGGCAUGGUGCUGCGGGAAGGGAACUACCUGAGUGCUGUGGCUGAGAUUGGUGCCCUGGAACACAGCCUUACCACAGACCUGCUCAACCACCUUGUCUUUGUGCAAAAAGUGUUCAUGAAGGAAGUGAAUGAGGUAGUGCAGAAGAUGGCAGGAGGGGACAAGCCAGUACCACUGUGGACUGAGGAAGGGCCCAGCCAUGUCUCACCACCCAGCAGGCUGCUCUUCACCCUCCAGCUGCGCCUCAAGGGCAUCAUCAUCACUGCCACCACCCCCACCCAGUCUGCAGUGCGACUAGAGACCGGAGUGGUGGAGCUGCAGCUGAGCAACAGGGUGGAGAACAUCAGCCGCCCCAUCCGCACCACAGAUCCCACACAGCCCAUGAAGAUAUUUGGCAAGGCUCAGGUGGACAUCAACGUUGCUCUUGGUCAGCUGCUCAGGAAUGACAUGUUUGAGGAAGCUGAGCCAGAGUUCCAGCAGCUGGCCUUCUUCCGCACCAGGAUAUGUUUGCGCAAUGCCUUGUACAAUGAGAUGCUGAGUGUUGGGGAGGAGGGGGAGGUGGUGCUGAUCACACUGACCAGGCCACUGGUGUGUGUGCAACCCGUGGCUGUGGACAGAGCCGUACUGGUGUGGCUCAACUACAAGAAUGCCUAUGAGUACUGGAGCGAGCAGAGAGCCUCCCUCAACAAGGAAGUGCUCACAGCCACCCAGCAGGUGUUUGAGAAGGUACCUCAAUUCUCCUCCCUGUCUUCAGCUGCUCACAUUACCAACAAUGUGUUCCUGCAACUCACUGUGGAUGACAUCGGUAUAUGCUUGCCCCUCAACCCUUGUCGAACGGUCAGCCACCAAGUAGACUCCACUGAGACUCGUGAUGCCCUGGUGGUCACCCUGGAGAGCACCAUCAUCUCAGCUUGCAACUCUGGCUCCCUGGUGUGCAAGGCUCGCUUCAAGGGCUUUUGCAUGCGUUUUGCCCCGGAGUUUGAGACAAGCUUGGAUGACUGGAAACCUGACUUCAAGGAUCACAUCAACCUGUGCACUGUGUCAGAAGGCACCUAUGAGGUCUGCAGUCGUACAGUAGCUGGACACUCGGAGAAGGCGGAGAAUGCCAAGUGGCUCCUCAACGUGCAGUGGCAGAUGGAGGGAGUGGAUCUGCAUCUGGAUGUCAACAUCGGCAAGCACCUGAGUGCCCUGGCACGUACCCUCACCAUGCUGACCGGUGCCCCAGACACUGCUGGGCCUCAGGGCACCUACGACUCAGAUGAUGACGGAGAGCACAGUGAACAUAACACCUCACAGCAAGAGUCAGCUGCUCUACGGAGGCAGCCCACCGUUAAUGAGAGUCUGCCAGCCUUUGUGUUUGACGCCACCCUGGAUGCCCGACAGCGAGCCAAAUUGCUGGAGAUUGAGAUGAACGAACAGGCAAAGACUGUCAAUGAUCUCAAAUCCCUUGGAGCCUCAGCCUCCACCAUUGAGCAAGAGAUGCGUCGCCUUCAGGAGCUGGAGGCUUUGGUGUUCCAUGACUUCAGACGUGACGUGAUCAAGAAGCUGCGGCGGCAGAGCGUAAAGGCAACUUCCAUGAAGGACCGGCUGGGUCUGGGCCCCAAGUCCCACGUCAGGUCCAAGAGCUUCAGAGUUCCCUCACCCACCAUUGAAGUGAAGGAACCACCACUGAGUGGAGGAAGCCGUGGCAGCAAUGAGCAAGGAUCCAUCAGUGUGGACAGCUCUCCGUGUCAUGCCACCAAUGAUACCUCUGCCCAGAAAGUCAAAUUCAUGGACAGGUCCCAGGGACGGCACCUCUCCUUCACCAGUGGAUCCUCGGACUCCUACCCAACGGAUGACCUGGACAACAGUGAUGUCUUCCUUGGCACUCCUGCUCACCAGCGCACACCAACCCCCACCAAUGGGUCUGAUCCAGAGACUGAAACCAUCACCAUUACUAACCUGAGCAACGACAACAUGGAGAGCUCAGUGCCUCGCAGUGUUGGUGGGCUGGAGGGCCUGGUGAGUGUACUGGACCAACCAUCCUACCAGCGGCCAGGUGUGGGAGGUGCCAAGGGAGCAGGGGACAGUGGCAGCACCCCAGGGACAGCCACAGCACCUCUUUCCAGUCAUUCCAGUGCACACAGCUCAGUUCAGAAGUCUAGAGAUGAGAAUAUAUUCAGGAAAAAAGCUUGCCGUGUAACAUUCCAUUACUAUAAAGGUCCCAUCACCCCUGGGGGCCUGGGCUCCAGCUCAGGCACCGUCAAGCCUCUGGACCCCAGCAUUGAUCUGGAGCUGGAUGUGCGUGUGUGCAUCAGCUCUGGCAUGUGCAAUCUGUACACCAAGUGUGUCACCAGGGAGGAGGAGCGAAGAAUGAAGAAGGAACGCAGCUUCUCUGGUGGAAUCUCUGAGACUCCAAGCAGCCCAGGCUCAGGUCGUAGAAAGAAUGAAGGACGGCCAAACCUGUCCUCCACCAAGCUGAGGGCACCUCCCCCUCCCUCCUUCCAUGUAUCCUCCGAUACUGUCUUCUACAUCCCUGGUCUUGAUGUCAAGGUGCAUUAUGAGUCCCACAACAUCCAUGAGGAGACACCUGUGGGCAGUGGUGGUGGUCUGUUUGGUAGUGGAGGUGGCUUGCAGCAGGAUGGCCCUGGGUGGUCCUCUCCCAGCACAGGUGCCAGCGGCAGUGCCAGCAGCAGUGUGGGAGGAGGAGGGUCUCGUAAGAGUGGCAUGGCAACCAGUGGUAUCAAGCGAGCCUCUCUUUUCACCUGGCUCACCCUGCAAAGCAUCAAGAGAGAGACCACUGUCAGUCCCAACAUUCUGGAGUUCCUUGAGUUGGCACUGGAGCCGCUGCCUGUCACUGACCACCAACAGAAGCCUCCUGUCACCUCCCAGGAGCCUGAGCCAGUGUUCAAUGUGGAUGUGGACUCUUCUGGUGUGGUGGGUGGAGGUACUGGACCCUAUGUGUAUGCUUCCUUCCCUGUGGAUGUGGUAGUGUACUUCCACAUGCAGCCUUCCACUAUCAGGUUCUCGUGUCAACCUGUGUCCCGUGUGGAGUGUCUAUUGCAGCUUCCUUCACUCAACCUUGUGUUCUCAUCCAAGAGGGCUGAGGAUGAAUCCAUGCCAGAUCUGGGCAGCAAGUUACAGGCAACCAUUGGAGGAUUGAGUGUGACAGGUGUUCUGGAGGAUUUCUCCUUGUAUGUGUUUCACCCUUAUGGUGGGAAGCAGCGGGGCACAGGAGGGGCACCGUACCUAGCUACCUCCCCACUGGCAGCCCUCACAGAUGGCGAGCGCAAGGACUCCCUCAGUGUCAUGGUAGAAUUUGUCAAGCUGCAUAUUUCAAGGUCACGCAAAAUUAAUUUCAAGCCUGAGGGUGUUAAGAUGAAGGCCUCAGGAGGAUCAGACUCCUCUAAGGCUAUCAUCAGGUUCUCCACUAUUGUGGACAUUGGAGCUGCCCACUUCAAGUAUGACAUGAGAAGGCUGACAGAAAUCCUGGCCUUCCCACGUGCCUGGUACAGAAGGUCCAUAGUACGGCGACUCUUCCUUGGGGACUUUACAGGUGGUGCCACAUCCAGUGAGUGGGAUGAGGUCAGCCCGGCACCCUCCUCAUCAGAGUCACCCCCCAGCCAAGCCCCACCUGCUCCCUCCAAGCGACACUCCUCAAGUUCAUCAGAGGGCCUUGAGGGUCCCCGGCGGGAGAAUACCAGUGGGGCAAACAGCAGUAGUGGUGUUGCCCAGUCUACCCCACCCAGCUCCCAGCUUGGAGGUGCUGGGGCAGGCAGCUGGGCCAGGGACAAGCUGAGGCUCAACUUCGACUCUGAUGUCCACCCACGAAAGAGUCCCAAGCUCUCAGGUAUGGGUGAGACCAUGUGUGAGGAGGACAGCAAUGGUGUUGGGGCAGAUGUUGGAGCCUCCAGCUAUGGCAGAGCAGAUGGCGACCAGGGAGCAGGAAGUCAGACGGCCAGCAAGACGGGCUCUUGGGAAACCCUGGUGCUGUUUGCUGUCAACUUCACCCGGCUUGGCGUGCAGAUGAACAUGGGCAACGUGAUGGGCAAUGUGGUUUGGACCACCAAAGACUUCAAGGCCAAUGGCAGACUGUCCAUAGGCAGCACUGGCCACAAGAACAUGUACAUUGGCCUCAGCUUGGGAGGCUCAGGCCUUGAUGCAAAGGGUGGCAUUGUGGGUGGCACCAUUGAGCUCUCAGAGAUCAAUAUGUACCUCAAAAUCCGUGAGGACCCAGGAACUGAACCAGACCACACCAUUGGUAUGAAGCUAUUUGCCUCCCAGUCCCGCCUGGACUACAUGGGCACCAGUGUCCUGAUGGGGCGCGUGUCCUCCUUUGGCGUCACACUGAGGGAUGAGUGGAAGCUGAAGCAGUGUGCAGAGACAGACAAUGAUGCCACUCGCAGGGGAGCCACCAUCUUCAUCCUUGGCGACCUGGAGUGGGACCAGCUGCAGCUCAUCAUCAGCAAGUCCACCACUGCUGACCUGCUCAAGAUGCACCACAAGCUGGAUGAGUUCUUCUCCCAGCAGUUCAAGUCCAGUAAGCGGGUGUUCUCCUCCCUGCAGCCCACAAGACACAAAUCCUCUGUCAAGCAGAAACCCAAGGAUGGCAACAGGAAGCUGGCUAGUGUUCUAGGUGUGCCUUCUGGCCAGGAUGCUCGCCACCACCGUCACUGGCAGGGGGUCUUGUAUCGUGUGUCUGGCCUGCGCCUCACCACGCUACCAAUGCCACUACCUGACUCAGGCACAGUGUUGGGUGGGUCGCUGGAGCUGCACGGCAAGACCAUCUCCCUUGCCUGCUUCCAUGGUGUUAACUUCAGGAGCAAGUCGUGGGCAUUGUUUAGUCUUCAGGAGCCAUACAUCAACUUUACCUCUGAAGUGCAAGAAGUGCCUGGAGACCCGCCCCGGGACACACACAUCGUGCAGAACCUCACCUUCAGCCUGGGGGUCAUGGAGCACACCCAUGCACAACACGUCUCUAUGGCCACUGUCUGCCGCAUCACUCGCAACAUGGUUUUCCCACCACAGUUCAGAGCCAUCCAGGAGUGGUUCCAUUAUGCUUUCUGCACCUCAGAACUUGACAAUGUGGACCGGUUCCCUUCUCUGGACCGAAGUGACAGCCUCCCGUCCUCCUCCUCGGAUGGCAAGAGAGCCUCAACACGUCUGCAGGAUCACAACCACUCCUCAGAGACAAUCUUUGCCCUCCCCUCCAUGCAGAUCCACCUAAACACCAAGCACCUGCAGACGGCCACCACACCAGACUUCAUGGGUGAGCACACACAGAGAAGCACCCCUUGUACACCCAAGAAUUUAGAUGAUGAGAAGCCCAAGGUGGAGUGUUCCUUGGUGACUGAGUUCCAGGAUCAUAUAUUUGUGGCUGUGGAUGCAGAAAGCUUCUUCUUCCUGCAUGAUCUGAUUGCCUCCUAUGUGAAGGACACCAAGGAGAAAAUGGCCAGGAAACCCAAAAUGCCAAAUGCUGAGGCAGAGAACAGCAAGGAGAGUGCAGAGAAGAAGCCCAAGGUGGUGAGGGUGAACGAGCCAACACAACUGUUGCAGCAGGACUGGCGGGAGUUCACCUGCACCACCUGGCACCUGGAGCCCACCGUCAGGCUUCUGUCAUGGGCCACCAAGAACCUGGAGCCCUAUGGAGUGGACUACAUCCUGCAGAAGCUUGGGUUCAGCCAUGCCCGCACCACCAUCCCCAAGUGGCUCCAAAGAGGCUGCAUGGAUCCCCUGGACAAAGUUCUUUCCAUGCUGAUGUUCCGCAUGAUUGCUGCCAUUUAUGACCAUGACAGUGCCAACAGGUAGUGAGAUGAGGCAAGGUAGUGGCAGUGGUGGAAGGCUUAUCCCAAGAGCCUAUUGGUGCAGUGGGUAGGGAGAUAUCCUGUUGAUCAAUGGUGUAAUGACAUGUGUCUGUACCAUGAGCAGGUGGCAUAGGAAGGUUAAGUAUCCUAUAGGUAAUUGGUAGAGGGGUGAUGUGCCCUACAAGCCAGUGCUGGUGAUGGGGUGCUGUGCCCUACAAGCUAGUGGUGGUGGUGGUGGUGGUGGUGAUGGCAGUGGUCAUGGUGUGCAAGGGUGCAGGGCCCUGAAUGAAAUAUGAUGGUCUUUCAUAUUGGAUUAAUCUGAAUAUUUUAUAUAGAAAUUUUACAUUGUUGAUAUUUUUAGAAUGUUGCAUUAGAUGAAAUGUAGCAGUUAUAUAACACACCUUAGGAUGCACAAUCAUUGACAAUGCAGGGCCCUAAGCUAUGACUCAGUACCUUCUCCGAAGUCCACUGCUGGGUGUUGUGUUCAGCAGUGGGGUGUUGUGCCCUACAAAUUAAUGGAAGUGCAGCAUUGUGUCUGACAAACCAGUGAAUGUAAGGAGACAGAUGUCCCACAAUGGUAAAGGUGUAUUCUCUGCCACACAAUUGAUAAAUUUUAUGCUAUUUAUUACAUUGUCUCACUGACUUCAAGUCCAAAUAGUGCAUUGUUGUAUCUGUUUAAGGUGUGUAAAGGUCACAGAUAUAUACAAAUAUGUACAAGUUUAUUGUUUAAAAAGACAAAAUACACCCACAUCUAUAAUGCAUGGGUUCAUGGACACAUACUUCCAUGCUUACUUAACCUAGUCAGCUUGUGUACAUAUGACUUAUUUUUUAGAUGUAUAGUCAAUAUAAUGGGGAAGAGAGAGGAAGGUAUAUGAUGUGUGUAUUGAAUGUGUUGUCUAGUCCAGAGGGGAUGCCACACCUCAGUCCCCAACCCUGCUGAAAAGACUCCUUGUUAUGGUGCUCCUUGUUUCCAUGUUUGUUUGGUGAGAGGAGUUUCUUAUUUUAUUUUUUUACACUAUCAUGUGCCAUAAUAAGAAGGUGUAGCAGAUUAGCAGAGGUGUUUUGGUGUCAAGUAUGUUGUUUAUCAUGGUUGGUCACACUUUUUUCCAUGUUCUGUCAAUGGUUAGGUAAAAAAUAUAUAUGUAUAUAUGCAAUAAAAGUUUAUUCUCAUGUG